GCAUCAAGUGCAACAGCAGCCGCUCCGGGGAAUGCCCACAGAAUAACCAAUCUGUCCGACGGAUUUUGAUGCGAGUGAGAUGAACUUCCUGGAGACCUGAAGAGAUGAUUUUCCUAUAAGUUGCGUACAGUCGCCUGCACUUCACCGGCGAUAUAACUCUUGUACUAUGAAAUAAUUAUGCAAGAGAACGAACCGAAUUGUUUGUACCUGCGGUAUCCCAAGGACAUGAUGUCAUCGGCUUUCCCUCGAACGGGAUGUCUGGUCUUUUGCGUGAUUUUAGUCCUGACUUGUUCCCUGUACCCUGUGCUGAAGACACUGUGUGUUCAGAUUCACUCUGCUGUUACAGGAAGCUAUGUGGCCGGAUAUCACUCAGUGCUGCUUGUCAACUGUCCAACAGAACAAACUGCUAGAGACAUUGGCAGGAGCAUCAUGGAAAAAAGGCUGGCAGCAUGUGUGAAUAUAUUUCCUCGCACUACCACCAUGUACUACUGGAAAGGAGAGAUACGGGAUACCUCAGAAAUACUGCUGCUUGUGAGGACAAGAACGUCUCUGGUGCAGAGACUUGUGGAUUAUAUAAAAGCUAUGCAUCCAUAUGACAUUCCAGAAAUCAUCAGUUUUCCUAUUGAUGAUGGAAGCCAGCAUUACUUCAAUUGGAUGGAAGAUGCAGUCACUGAUAUUUGACACAUCAGUGUCUGCCAUCCAGAGAAGAAGCUCUCCUUUUGGAAGCUCACUAUACAGAAACAUUGAGAGGAUAUGGGAACAUGAGCACAAAUUCUCAGGUUAAUGGGAACCCUGGCCCACACAAUGCGUGUCUGUUAAUAUAAGGAUGAAUGCAUAGAGUGUUAUUGUGAUCAGUUUCAGUGACUGUUAUGCUAAUAUUUAUUGACCAUUUUAUUGAUGUGAAUUACUUUAUUAUGAAGAGUAUAACUUGAUGAAUAUGAAUUCAUGUAAUUGUUAAAACAUGCUCAUUUAUUACACAUACAUAUACACUCACCUAAAGGAUUAUUAGGAACACCUGUUCAAUUUCUCAUUAAUGCAAUUAUCUAAUCAACCAAUCACAUGGCAGUUGCUUCAAUCCAUUAAGGGUUGUGGUCCUGGUCAAGACAAUCUCCUGAACUCCAAACUGAAUUUUAGAAUGGAAAAGAAAGGUGAUUUAAGCAAUUUUGAAUGUGGCAUGGAUGUUGGUGCCACACGGGCCAGUCUGAGUAUUUCACAAUCUGCUCAGUUACUGGGAUUUUCCCGCACAACCAUUUCUAGGGUUUACAAAGAAUGGUGUGAAAAGGGAAA